AAAUAACUACAAUUACCAGCCACCAGUGUGUUGUAUUUGUAUUCAUCUCCCUUUAAACCCAGUGACAGCCGGAGGAUGGAAGCAGUUAGAGCUCAGUGUGAAACUCAGAUCAAUGCCUUCUCUGACCUCCUAGAGGACCUCCCAGAUAGUGAUGAGCCAGUCUGGCUUCUAGGAGAGCAGUACUGUGUGAAAGCAGAAAAAUCUGAGCUGCUGUCAGACAUCAGGUCGAGAUUAUGGUUUACAUACCGGAAGAAGUUCUGUCCGAUCGGGGGUACCGGACCCUGCUCGGACACUGGCUGGGGCUGCAUGCUGCGCUGUGGGCAGAUGAUCUUAGCCCAAGCCCUCGUCUACAGACAUUUAGGAAGAGAGUGGCGCUGGGAGAAGGAGAAUUGUCAGCCCGAGGAGUAUCACAGGAUCCUGCACUGUUUCCUAGACAGGAAGGACUGCUGCUACUCUAUCCAUCAGAUGGCUCAGAUGGGGGUAGGAGAGGGGAAGUCAGUCGGAGAGUGGUAUGGACCAAACACAGUUGCUCAAGUGUUAAAGAAGCUAGCACUGUUUGAUGAAUGGAAUUCCUUGGCUGUAUAUGUUUCCAUGGACAACACUGUAGUCAUUGAAGAUAUCAAAACACUGUGCAAGCUGCAGCCCAUGAAGGGCCAGUUAAAGCCCAGCAGCUCAGGGCAGGUAGAGCCCCUGGCAAUGGGCAGCAUGCUCGGGCAUUUCAGCCCUCAGGCUCAGGGGACCCCCGGCUCACACCCAGGCUGGAAACCACUGUUACUUAUCAUACCUCUGCGCAUGGGCAUAAACCACAUCAACCCUGUUUACAUUGAAGCUCUGAAGGAGUGUUUUAAGAUGCCACAGUCCCUGGGUGUUUUGGGUGGAAAACCAAAUCUUGCAUAUUAUUUCAUUGGGUUUAUUGGAGACGAGUUGAUCUAUUUAGACCCUCACACAACCCAGGCUGCUGUGGAUCCAGACUUUGAUGGGACUGUGGAUGACCAGAGCUACCACUGCCAGCGGAGGCCACAGAGAAUGAAAAUCCUGAACCUGGACCCCUCUGUGGCUGUAGGAUUUUUUUUCAAGACUGAAGCUGAUUUUGACAGGUGGUGCACAUUUGUACAGCAGGAAAUCUUGAAGAAAAGAUGUUUGCGAAUGUUUGAGCUGGUUGAGAAGCACCCUCCCCACUGGCCUCCAUUCAUCCCUCCCACUAAACCAGAGGUACAGACGACAGGAGCAGAACUCAUCGAGUCGAUGGACAAGCUGUUUGAAUCAGAAGAAGAAUUUGAAAUCCUGAACGUAUGACUUAUUUUUGUUUUUUUAAUAUUAUUGCCUUUUAACCGAUAAGUGCCUCCCACCACGCUCACACAAAGCACAAACUGGAAAGGAUCUGCAAAAAAACCCAUUGAAAACAGCAUCGGAAAUGGAAUCGGUUCUGUUAUAGGAAGGAGAUCCGUGGGAGACAGUUUCUGCAGAUUUUUCAAGGGGUUCACAUUCGUUUACAACAAAGGGGUCAUGCUGGCCCUGAUAUACCGUACGGAACCUGACUUCACAAAAAGAAAUAUUGAAGUAGGUAUUAUUUUAUGCAUGGAUCUUUAAAUAUCUGGACUGCCCUCUGCAGAAAAAGGCUGAAUAAACCAGGUUUCCAAGAAAGCACGUUGGAGGAAAACUGCUUAUAAGAUGACAGAUACAAUCCUAUAUUGGUUGAAAGCGGUAUAUAAAAGUGCCUAACUGUGAAAAAUAUCAUACUGCAACGUUCUUGAUUGGUUGUUUGCCAUAAUUGUAGUUACAGAAGGUGGUGUAAUAACUGAAGAUCUGUCCUUGUUUUAAAAAAAUAGCAGCUGCAGUCAGUAGCAUGUGCCAAAAAUAAGGUGUAUUCAUAAAUGUAAAUAUGAAACCAGAAGUCAAAAAUGUAUUUCACAAUUUGAACCUGUGAGUACUUGAAGUCAGUUUCAUAAGAAAACAAGAAAAGGCUCUUAAAGGCAUGCAUUAUAUGAUCUAGAUUUUCUCUAAUAUUUAAUUUCAUACCUGUUUCUCUAAUUGCUAUUUUAAAGACUUCAAGGUGAAGCAAAGUGGCAGUGUUUUCUUGUCAGCCUAGUCUUUCAAUUUGUAAAGCACAGCUGUAACUAUAAUAAUCCUGCCUGCGUUUUACCAUCACAGCGUACUAUCUGCCCAUGUUUAUAGCAAUGAAGAGACCAUUUACUCUUUAUUCUUGGCACACACACUCCAUAGAAUCCAAUGAUAAAGCUGGUCUGCCCUUCCUCGUCUGUCAUCUUUGAGUCCUACACUCUUGGGUCAUGCAUAGCAUGAAACAUAGGGAAAAUGUGAGCAUUUACUGUUUUUAUAUGGGCUGGGUCACACUAAUAGGAACAAUUAGCGGUCUACUAUUCAAAUUUAGUUUUCCUAUUUAAUCUUUUAUAAUUUCAUAUUGCAUUGCUAAUAUAUAUAAUGUUCAAACACAUGUAUUGGAUAUGGAUUUAUUGACACUGUGUCUUAAUAAUAAAACCCCAUGGCCAGCGUAAAGGGUGUUUUACACAUUGAAAAAAUAUGAAUUACGCAUUAGAUUUAAAUUUAAUGUGCAACGAAUACAAUAAUAGCAAUCUUUCUGCACAGCUUGAGUUGUCAUGUUAUCAAGCUUCUUGUACUGCGUUGGUUCCCGGUGUCUCAAUGGUCAAUUGUGAACAUACUGCAAGCGGUAACUAGACAAUGGAUCAUAGAAAUGCCGGAAACAAGUGACCAAUAAGUCUGGGUUUUCUAUAAAAAAACAAAGUACAGUUGAAUCAAUACGGUUUGUGACGGGUGAAUAACCGACUGGAUAUUCAGGAUUUCUCUGCUCCGUCUUAGUCUCUCUCAACCUAACCUACCAAUCUGUCAACCGAAUCUUUGGAAGGUAAAUCUAUAUAAUAAAUAGAAUAUUCUGUGUUUGGAGAGAGUCUGUGCUUUAUAUUGCUGUAGCAAGGUGAUCAAUAAGGAAUACGAUACUAGGGCAGUAGCAAACUACAUCAAGAGAAGCAACUUCACAGACUAUAAUAUUAAUAAUAUUAUUAAGGCAGGACUAAAUGGCUGCAACAAAGACAUGGCUGGAUUUCUUCAGGUGGAAAAUAAGGAAAGGGAAGUUGUUAUUGGAAGCUUUUGUACAGUAGUUCAAAGUAACAUUACAGUUCAGAUGUAAGGCUGUAGUUAAUGCAUACCUCCUAAGUUAGCAUUAAAGUAUGUACUGUAUUUAUUAGAAGUACUUGUGACUUCAAGGUAAUAUAGAUUUUACGCACAUAGUGUUUAAAUUGGAGAGUAAAUUACUCAAAACCUUAUCUGGAGCGUUGCCCAUGACAUAAAAAAGGCACAUCAUUUAGUAUUGUUCUACUCUGGAUCAGAACAUUAGACUGAUAGGACUUUCAAAUAAUUUGGAACAAAAGCCUUUCUGAACAUUGUCACAUUUGCCAUAUUAUUUAGCCCUAUUAGCUUGACCAAGCCCAUAUAGAAAAAAAAAAAAAAAAGAUUGUGCUAUAAAACGUUUGAAGCAUCAAAAUGUGUCAGGGAAAGUUAUUUAGGCUUGGAAGAAAAAGACAUCUUCAAGGAGUGCUGAACAAUGCUUUAAAAUCGAUUUUAUGAUCUUUCCCAUUUCAGAUAUUUUGGUUCUUCAAUUGUUUUUAAUAUUAGUUCAUGAUAUGCAGAUGUCUGUAAAUGAAAUGCUAUAGAUAUCCUUCCUGGUACCUGUGUCAAAGGUUACGUGGUUAUAAAAAAGAUCUUGAACAGGAGUGAUAACAUUGCUGGUGUUAUUACAAAUUGAUAGGCUAGCUACUUGUGGAGCAAUAGUGGAGAAAGGCAUUGGUAACAACAAGCACUGGCAAUUGGUAGACAGAGCUGCCCCCAGAUGUACACAGAGGUUUACAUCUGUUUGCAGUGCAGUACUUGUUCCUGGGAGGAUGUUGGAAGCAUCACUAGGAUUUUAUUUCUGUUAUUAUAAAGGCAUGCAAGGCUUUUUCACUUUUCCACGGUCAGCAUUUGUCAUGCUGUGGACACGACUAACCUGUCCGUGCACUAAAAGCUGCCUUUUCUACGGUGGUUAAUGCAAGUCUGUGUAAGUGAUGUCCCCCUCUGUGCCACAGUGGAAGUUGUGACAGUGUGGUAACUGACUACCAAAUGUCUGACCGCUCUUUCUGUAAUGUAUACUUUUCCUACACCAAUGCUGUUUAGUCCCCAAAGUCAUUUUAUUACAUUUCUGGUCUAUUUUGGUUCAAUCACACAGGUAAAGAAACAGUAAAACCUUAUUAUUGCUAGGAGAGGCAUGGCCAGAUUUAUUUGUUUUAUUUGUAUGUACUUGAUUUUUGUUGCUCUAAAUCAUUUUUUUUUUUUUUAUAAAACACUUCAAGACAUUG